ACGUGACGGGGGACGCCCGCUUUAAUUAAGUGCAUACAAUGGUAGUGGGGCAAAGCACAUCCAGCAACAAGGAAAAAAACAAAACAAAAAAGAAACCACGAUAUAUAAAAAAAAAGGAAAGUUACAAGCCACCAAAAUUUAUAAGCCAAUCAAAUGAAGUAGGAUCAAAUUUUUUUCAAAUUGUCACGGAAAAAAAUAGAGGUGAUUACUUUUCACAAGUGAGGUUUCCUUCUCUUUUCCCUAGUAUAUCGUAAGUAGUGGCUUAUUUUGACUUCAAUAAAAAAAAUACUAAGUAGUAUGUGUUAUCGGAUAUAGACAAUGAGUGCCGAUUUGGUCUGGGCUAUUAUCAAGAAUAACAAUUCUUUCCUCGUUAAGCGUCAAAACGUUCAGUUCUCUGCUGAACCCGCUAACUUGAAGAACGUUAACUCUUUCAAGUACUCUGGUCUUGCUAACUACAAGACUGUUACCAUCCUCCCUGCUGCCCGUGGUGUCCGUGUCACUCUCCGCAAGGCCAACAAGGAGCAAUCCCCCAAGAAGUCUGCUAACUCUAUUGUUAUUGCCAAGUCUGGCCGUAAGACCUCCAAGUCUGUUGCUAACUUGAUUGCUCGUGGUAACAAGUACAGACCCGAUCUCCGUGCUGCUGCCGUUGCUCGUGCUUCUGCUAUCCUCGCCACCCAAAAGCCCCGUAAGGUUCAAGCCAAGCGUGAAGCUAAGGGUGUCCGUGCUACCAAGGCCUAAACUCUUUGUAUCUUGAACACAUAUUAUACUACAUAAAUAAACCCCCAUACUUGUUAAAAAAA